AUGCUGAAGACACUCCUUUUGGUUUCUUUUCUCGUCUCCAGCGCGCUAGCCAAUCCCGCCCCUCUCGGAAGCGUGCGUCUCGGAGCCAGAAAUGCGGCCGGACAGCUUGAUACCCUCGUCACUACGAAGAUGAAGUACACCGGCCCGAUCACUCCUGGAGGCGAGGAUGUGGAGCUGAGUGGUACUGCGGAAGAUGUCUACAACCAGAUUGUGCACCUCAACCCUAGCUACGACCCUGCAGCGUUCGGCAACAAUGCAACCGACAUCGCCCCCCCUUUGAGCAAGCGGGAUAAGUCCGGCCUGAUUUGCAACAUUGGCCGCCACGCUCAGGUCGGCCGUAUCUGGCAAGGGAUCUCAUACCUCAAGUCUCUUCCCGGUGGAGGUACGUGUGGAAUUGACGCUGGCCCGGCCCAUUGCGUCCGUAUUAGCUGCUCCUGGGACUCGGGGAUCUUCCUCUGCAACGAUAACCCGUGGCCGAUCGCACCGAACUGCGCUUACCUCGCAACCUACGCGGAGGACAUCGUACUCAGUUGUCCUUAUUCCGAUGAAUGUCAGCCCGGUGCUGCUGCUUUUUGCAACGAAUUUGUUAAUGGGCAGCGAUUUGAUACUGACAACUACAAUGUGAUCGUCGGUUGGUCCGGAUGCUAGCCUACAUUCAAAUAGCCUAACUUUGGGCGGAUGUAUACUUCUCUUCUUGAAAUGGACAUGAACAGUGGAAUUGUCCAUGUCUGCAAUGAUUGCUGCCGCGCAGUGCUGAAUCUGGCUGUGUACUUAUGAUCUCUAAAAUUAGUC